AUGUUGCCGCCACCCCUACGGUUCAUGGACCAAGACGUGCCGUGGAAGACGCCGGUCACAUAUCUAGGGGUCACCAUAGACCGGCGACUCUCAAUGCGGCACCACGUCAAGAGGGCAGUAGGGAGAGCCAAGGGUGCGAUGAACGCACUCUACCCCCUCACCGGCAACAUACUUCUCCGAGUCAAGCUCGCGCUGUACAAGUUGUACGUGCGCCCACACCUAACGUAUGCGGCACCGGCGUGGUACUCAUAUACCAAGGAGUGCAACCGCCAGAGACUGCGCAUCGUACAAAACAUCAACUUACGACGUGCAGUGGGGGCCCCCCGCUACGUUAGGAACGCCACCAUAGCGCGAGACUUAAGGAUGGAGUCAAUCGACGAGUUCGUCGCACGGUUCACCAAGGGGAUGUUUGAUCGAGCGGACGCCUCUCAACAUCCCCACCUUAAGGACAUUGCGCCGUGGCACUCCAGGCCACCUGACAAGUACAGGUAUCUGCGUGAGCUAUUCUCCGCGGAUACCACAAACACCGGACGAGACGCCAGGGCAGCAACCGCGGCUACGACCGCUGGUCGCCUCGCUGGGCCUCCCCCGGGGCCACCGGGGGUCUCACCCGGCGGAGCUUGA